GGCGUUUGUGGCUCCACAGUUUCACAGCGUCUCAGAGAGCUGGAGCGUCACAUGCCAACAUGAAAGUCCUUCACUGCAGCCUCCUCCUCCUCCUCUUCCUCACUGAGGCCAAACCUCGCCAUCCUGCAUCCACGCCUCCAUCAGCGAGGAACCACUCAGUGCCCGCGUCUGGACGACUGACCACGGCGGAGGGACAUCGCUGUGUCUGGCAGACGUCAGGAGACGUCGUGGUGAACCUGCAGGUGAACUGCAGCACGGACACACCAGGUCAGCACAGGUACUGGUGCCAUUAUGCUGGUAAACCACACCUGUGUCAGGUGUACGUCGUCAAGUCCAGUCAGUACUGGAAACAGCUGGUGAGCAAACUGAAGAAGAGGCCGAACGCCUGCGAGGGAGAGAAAGUCCUGAAAGCCCAAACGUGUAAGAAGGCACCGGCCGAGGCUCACAUGAAGCUCGUCCAGCGCAGCGGCGACGUCCAGAGGACGAAAGGGAAGACACGGAUGAGGACAGACGUCAUGAACGACAUGCAGCAGCAGGAGAGUUACUGCAGCGAUAAAUGGAAAUCCAUCUGCUCCUUCUUCCUCGUGUUCUUUGAGGGAAAUGAAAUGUCACAGUUUGAGGUCUAGUCAAAGUAAAACAGGAAACUGAAAUGAAAAAUACAUGAGUACAUUUCGAAAAUAAAAGGUUUAGUUUCUGUAAAAAUGUGGAAAAAAAAUUGAAAUAAACUGUGUUUUUAGUC